AUGUACGUGUUCAACUUUACUAAGGUCGUUGCUGACGUGGGGCCGUACACCAAACACGGUGGGCUUGAGUCCGCGUUCAAAAUCGCACCAGCGUUCUUCUGCGACCGGGAGAUCAAGCACGACACACCCAAGUUCAUGGAGGAGAGACAGCGGUUCUCAGUUCUGCGCAACACGGACCUUCAUGAGGCAAUGAAUGGGACAGUGGAAGAGAUGAUAGGUGGACCAAGUGCUUACAAGGAGAAGUAUUCGAAGAUCAUCUGCGACUUUAUGGACAAGGUCGCUGGGCGGACUUGUUCCGACGUAGAGAAAGACGUCCUUGUCCGGUUUGCGACACAUGACCGGUGUACCAUGGCAAUGAACAUACACUACGAGGAGUACCUUCGCUUUCCUGAAAGUCCACUGCUUGGCAUUGACGUCAACCCUGGCGAAGUGGGUCGUACGCCUCCGCAGGUGGAAGGAAACGAAAAGUGGUGGAGAUCUCUCAAGAGGUUGUCCCAAAAGCAAAGAGAAGGGAAGAUAACCACUUCAGAGCUGAGUGAUGCUCUCGACGAUAUGUUGGAUAAGCACCCGGCGAAAGCAGAUGCAAGUGGGAGAAGACAGGAAAUGCCUAAUGAAGCUGAUGAGAAUAGGAAGGAGAAACCGUCAGUCAACCCUCAAAUCCGCCCAGUAUGA